AUGAUCAAAGUACUCGUUACAGGCGCAACAGGUUUGCUAGGCAGAGCAAUUAUGCACAACCUCCGCGCGGACAGCUCUGUCCAAGUAUUAGGAUUGGGUUAUAGUAGAGUUGGUGAAGGUGUUAUCAAAUGCGAUAUCACAAAUCACGACGAGUUGAAGGGUGUCGUAGAGCAUCACUCACCAGAUGUAAUCAUCCACGCCGCUGCUGAAAGGCGUCCAGAUGUCGCAGCGAAUGAUCCUGCAGCGACGGAGCACCUCAACGUGGCUGUUUCAGCAAACGUGGCUGGUUUAGCGAGGAGUGUAAAGGCAGCACUCAUCUAUAUAUCCACUGAUUACGUCUUCGACGGCACUAAACCGCCAUAUGAGGUCACUGACACACCAAACCCACUCAAUCUCUACGGCAAGACUAAGCUGGCUGGCGAGAAGGCAGUGCAUGAGAAUAAUCAAAGGUCAAUCGUCGUCAGAGUCCCUGUUCUUUAUGGCAAAGUAGAGAACAACAAGGAGAGCGCUGUGACGGUACUCAUUGAUGGCGUUAAAGAUAGUUUGAACGCUCCAAAGAAGUUUGAGCAUUUGUCGAAGCGUUUCCCAACCCACGUUGAGAAUGUUGCUCAAGCGUUGAAUGCCUUGUCAAAAUGGGUUGCUAGUGCCGACAAUAUCACUCCUAUUAUCCAUUACACUUCAACAGAAGGUUAUACGAAAUAUGAAAUGGCAUGUAUCUUUGCGGAUAUACUGGGAAUUCCAAGAAAUGGAUUAAUCGCUGAUACUCAAGAGCCUCAAGGUGCAGCUGCUGUCAGUCGUCCAAAAGACUGCCAGCUUUCGAGAAACAAGUUGGACGAUCUCAAUUUGGACAUGAAAGAGGACGUGCACUUUGUGGAGUUUUUCAAAUCUCAAUUGUUAUAG